CGUCACUCCGCGGCGAGCGUGACCGAUCAGGUAAGCGCAGCUCGUUCAAGGGGUGCGUGGGGGCGCGUGCGGGAGAAAGGGAACGCGACGUAACGGAAAGUCAAAGAAUAGGUCGCGUGUAUUUGACAAUCUAGCCUUUCAGUAAGAAUUUAAUUACGGUAAUGAGUGCGAAUCCUUCACGAGUGUGUGUGUGUGAGAGAGAGCGUCACACUGGGUGCACGCGCGAUCCCUGGAAGGCGCGCUGCUGCUGUGGCCGUGUACGUGCGCAAAGCAAGUGAAGCGUAACAAUACCUGUUACCUGCUAUUUCCUGACCUGCACGCGCAUCCAGGGAUACCCAUGUAUUCCUAACCUACCGACUAACAACACGCUCGUGUCUCGGCCUGGUGAUGUAGGCAGGCGGCGUGAAGGGGAGGGCAAGGACACGGUCAUUUCUGGGGAAGAGAGUCGUAUUUAAUCUACCGCGCCGAUGGCAGGUUAUUUUCGGAGAAGCGUCGCCUGCUUGCUUUCAGAUGCGGUGAGAGGCAUCUCAGCAGGAAGGUCCCGAGGCUGGACCGGAGGACAGUCUGGACCCAGGACAUGUCAGCAACAACAAUAACAACAACAACAGCAAUAAUAAUACUAUAUGCAAGUCAAGGAGAGAAACACGAUCGAGGAUGCAGGGGGUGACGGUGACCGGAGAGGCGCCCACACUGAACGGGGGUGGACGGGAAGAGCAACGUCCUCUCAAGCAGUCCCUGAGUGGCUCUCUGUGCCGGGAGUCUCAUUGGAAGUGCCUGCUGCUGACCCUACUCAUGUACGGCUGCUUUGGCACACUGGGCUGGUGCUCCCUCUACCGCAUCACAGUCAUGGCUUCUGAUGACCAAGGUCCUACCUACUACUAUGGCGAUCGAGCCCGGCUCUACCACGAUAGUCCCUGCUCCAAUGGAUAUGUCUACAUUCCAGUGGCCUUCCUGGCCAUGCUUUAUGUUGUCUACCUGGUGGAGUGCUGGCACUGCUACUCCAAAACAGCCAACCUGGCCAAAGUGGAGAUCAGUCAGGUGUAUGACAGGAUCCAGCGUCUGCAGCAGGCCACACCAUGCAUCUGGUGGAAGGCCAUUAGUUAUCAUUAUGUUCGGCGGACCAGGCAAGUGACACGCUACCGCAACGGUGAUGCCUACACCACCACACAGGUAUACCACGAACGGGUCAACACGCACACCGCCAGCUCCGAGUUUGACUACUCACGGCACGGUGUCAAGGAUGUGUCCAAAGAGCUGCAAGGCUUACUGGACCACCCUGUAACCCGGCUCCGCUUCACCAAGUGCUUCAGUUUCGCCAGCGCCCGUGCAGAGACCGCCUACCUUACUCAGCGAGCACGAUUCUUUGGCGAUAAUGAAGGUCUGGAUGACUACAUGGAAGCACGUGAGGGAAUGCACUUGAAGAAUGUAGACUUUAGGGAGCACAUGCUGGCAUUUCCAGAUCCUGCUCGGCCACCGUGGUACACGCGUCGCUGCGUCUACUGGCUGGCAUCCGCUCUGCUGCUGUCCUGGCCGCUCCGCGUGGUGGUCGAGUACCGCACGGCCUAUGUCCACUAUCAUGUUGAGAAGCUGUUUGGCGAGAAUGAGGAUGCCAAUGAAAAUGAAAACAGAGAAAACUACCAGACGGGCUUCGAGCAUGGCACCGGAGGUCCCACUUUACAUGUCAUAUCACGGGUAAACACAGUGGAUAUCACAGAACUGGAGUGGCACAUUCGCUGCAACCAGCAAAUCGUGCCCAGCUACUCGGAGGCCUUGUUAAUGGACUUGGACAUGAACCCGAACACACCGUUGUCUGUUGCAAUGGCGACCCAGAUGAGACGCAACUCCAGCUACUUCCUCCAGAGCUGUCCUCGCUGCCGGAGGACGACGAGCAGCUCAUCUCUGCCUUCCUGGGUCAGAGGGAACGUGGUUAUAGGGGCAAACUCCUUUCCCAUUAGAGCAGGAGGAAGGUUGGCGCUGAGUCGCAGCGGCUUCUCCCUGGGACGCUUGCACACCGCCCGAAACCGACAUACCUGCCUGUUUCACUCAAGGAGUCUCGGAGGAGGACUGACGGGACGAGGGGAAGAGGGAGGUGGCUUUCUGGGUUUGGGGUUCCGCGGAUCAGAUGAGGAGAGAAGGGGCGUUCUAGAGGGGGAGGAUGAGGAGAACAGUGAGGUGGAGGAGCGACGGGUGAGGCAGGGAGGAGACGUAGAAAAUGGUGAGGCCAGAAUGGAGGAGAGAGACCGGCCACCAGCCUAUCAAGAUGCUCUGUACUUUCCUGUGUUGAUCAUUCACGGAGAAGAGAGCUGUCAUGGCGGGCGGGAUAUUGAUACAGGAUAAUGUCUGGGAUUAGUAAGAAAUGUAGAUUAGAAAGUUUGCACUGGUGUGUAUAGACUGCAUGUAGAAGGACCUCAGGUAAGUGAUUAAAAGAGAUGGAACAAGGUCAGAGUUGGGGGAUCGUGGAAGAAAACAGAGCUUAUAAGAAGGAAAGAGACAGAAUAUAGACUAAAUGUAAGGUGAAACACGAUUGAAGUGGACGUGUUCUGUCAGCUUUAAAACGAGUGUAGCAAUGGACGGUGAUGCAAAUGUCAGCGAAUGUAUGUAGGGUUUAAAUAAAAAUGCGACACAUGUAGGUCCAUCUGUGUCAUGUCGAGUUGACAUGGACUGACCCUUUAGGGAAAAAAAACAAACCAUUCUAAUAAGCAUGAAUAAUUACAUAUCAGUAUCCUUUUUAUUUUAUAACUCGCAACAGCAUCGUGAAAACUGAAGAAAAAAUAAAAAAAAAGCUGAAUUUGUCCAUGUAACCUUUCACUCUAGGAGUAUUGUAGUUUACAUGGAAACUUGGACCACUGUACCUGAUCACUUAGUGAAGACAUUCCACACCUAGCAAGUAAAAAAAUUCAUGUAGUUCAUGCAGACUUUUGCAUAAUGCCACUACGAAGCCAGAGGUGUAACAGUAGUUAUACGAUAAAAGAAAAGAAGUUCCUUGAAGAAAUCAGAGCAGAGAGAAACAAGUGAAAAGAUCUCAGGGGAAAAAAAGAUCCAUUUUUAUUUAUUAAUUUUUUUUAUAACGGGGAAUGAAAGAAGGAUGGAAAAGAUUCGUUAAGUGAGCAUGUAGACUAAUGGUAGUCCUUUCCUCUUUGUAUUUUUUUUUUUUUUUUGCUCCAACCAUCUGUAUUGUCUUAUACUUUGUUUUAUUCGCUUUCAUUGCUUUUCAAAAGCUUGGUGCUCAUGACUCCACUGCUGUUGGCCUUAAAGGUGUUUCUAUUCAGCUCCAUGUCUACUGCUAGAAAAAGUAAAACUGCAUAUAGCUAUAAUACUGCAUUAUUUUUCUUUAGCUUGCGUAUUCACAUAAUCAUAUGAUUUGCAUUGUCUGGAUUCGGGAGAAAAUGUGUACAAUGGAAAAAAAGAAAAGAAAAAGGAGACGUAUGUAAAAUGUAAAACAAAUAUAACACCGAUAUAAAAAACGAAAAAUGUCACUCUUCACAUCACCUGCUCCCUGUACUGCUUGACCAAUGGCAAUUUUUGUCCUUUGUUACAUUUAUAUAUAUUUAAAUAUAAAAAAUAUAUAUAGAUAUAGAUUACGUCAAUGUUUAAUGACUGUCACUAGUGAAAAGCACACAAUUGCCUAUAAAACACAAGUCAUGACUCAGAGCGACACUGUCCAAGGGUAACAUUUCAUUGGAUACCAACCAGCUUGAGUCCAAGUUUACUGAGACACAGGUCAGCAUCUGCCCAUGCUGUACGCUCGCUAGCAAGCACAAGUCGUGUGAUUUACAAACAGUGCAGGGAAGGGUGUGAAAGAAAAGACUUGACUGUCGAGAAGCUCAUCACAGAGUAAAUGAAUGUACGACCUGCGGAUGUGAGAGGAAUUCAUUCUGCAGCGAAAUCUGUGCUGUCGAAAAAGAGCCCUCAGCAUGCGCCGCUAUUUUGUCAGCAGGAUCGCUGUUACCCUACGUUCACACUAGCGAGCAAUAAGUCACUCGUGUCGCUUGUAGUUGGUAUCUAGUUGACAUGCUAUUGUUGGCACUUGUGGGCAUGUCCAGCACCUUUUUUUAUUUGGCUCUGAUGAGAAAGUUAAGCAGUUUAUAGUAGUUAUUAGUAACACAAAUUAAAUAAAACACUUUUUAAAUACUGUUUGCACCAACAACAAAUUUUUCUGCUUCCCAAACAUUAGAUAGGAACUGAUCACAUGUAGUAACCAGAGAGAAUUGAAGAAACAUCAGACCAUGUGUACUACAGGCUUAGUCCAAGGAAUCAUUCAGACCAGUCAUUUGGAUUUUAGCAAUUUUAAGGAAUCGAACUGAAUAAACUGUGAAAAAUCUCAAUUAAAAUGUUGAAGGAUUUGCUUGCUAGUGUGAAUGCAGGAUUAGGCUAGUUAUUACUAAAAGUUCCACUAGCACUAAACCUUAUUUCCGUGAUGAUGAUGAUGAUGAUGAUGGUGAUGAUGAUGAUGAUGAUAAUGGUUAUUCUGGGGAUCAUAUAAAUAAAGUCAAACACUUAGAAA